AUGGCAACAGCAGUUGAAGGCUACAUCGCCGGCCCGACCCCCACCCAAGCAGUGUUGCUGUCUUCCCACACUCGUCAGGGUGACAGUGUGAUCUUGACGUUAACGGUGAUUUGUGCAGAUUCUCUUGUACAUACUGAAAUGGGUGAUGUACGCAAGUAUCUGGUGUUUGUGUUCGUGUGGGGGAUGUCUCUGGCCACGUCACUAAUGGUGGUGCCUUGGUUACUGUGGCUACGCUGGAAGGUGGGCAAAGAGGUGUUCUCCGUCAAGCCUCGCCCCACCCCACCACCUGCCCUGAAGGACUCCAAAUGGGGCUCACUGACACACACAUACAUGGACCUUAAGACUCAAGGCGUCAAGUUACACUACGUGGAGGCAGGUGACCACAACAACCCUCUCAUGGUCUUCUUGCAUGGAUUCCCAGAGUGUUGGUUUUCUUGGCGUCACCAGCUUAAAUAUUUUUCAGAGAACUAUUGGGUGGUGGCUGUGGACCUCCGUGGUUAUGGUGAUUCAGACAAGCCUUCAGGAACCUCCCAGUACAAGAAGGACCUCCUAGUUGCUGAUCUCAAGCACUUCAUCCAGGGCUUGGGGAAGGAGCAGUGUACGCUGGUGGCACAUGACUGGGGAGCGGCUCUGGCUUGGCAUCUGGUGGCGUUGUACCCACACAUGUUCAGUGCCCACAUCUCCUGCAAUGGACCUCACCCAAACUCCUUCGAGAAACGUAUUAAGUCGUCGCUCAGUCAGCUUGCUAAGUCCUGGUACAUCUUCUUAUUCCAAAUGCCGUGGCUGCCGGAGCUGUUAAUAAGAACGCAAGACCUGAAGGCUUUUGAGGACAUGCUCAGGGGCAACAAGAAGGAAUGUGUCAUUACUGAUGAUGAAAUUGAAGUCUACAAGUACUACUUCUCUCAGAAAGGAGCCUUGACGCCUCCCAUCAACUAUUACCGCAACAUUGAUUUUGGCAGUACCGGGAAGCCACUGCCCAGGGUUCUUGUGCCGACGUUAAUAAUUUGGGGCACCGGGGACGUAGCUCUUGACAAAGAAUUGGCCGUAAUGGGGGUGGACGAGUGCGAGUCGGCCGAGGUGAAGUACGUGGAGGGAGCCAAUCACUGGGUGCCGCAGGAUGAACCAAGUGCCUUCAACACACUCGCCGAGCAGUACCUUAACUCUCCCCUCGCUGGCCAAAAGGUUCUGUGAGGCUUUCUCAACCACACAGGGCGGGGGGGGGGGGCGUGAUUUAGGGACCUGAAAUGGCUGUCUUUCCUGCCUAAGGUAUUAAAGGUAAUUGAUGGAAGAAAAUUAAAUAUUACAGUACGUAGAUAUGGUGAAACCUCCAUAUAAAGGUCCUCUCUCCAUAUAAUCCGUUAGAUGGGGGGUUUCACAUCUAACGGACCCUCGAUAUAAUGGACUUUCAUCUGUAUUUAGUUCGUUAUAUAGAGGUUUUGCUGUAAUAGAUUUUAAAAACCAAAUAAAUAAAUUCCAUAGGAACAAAUAUAUUCAGUUUUAUGCUUUCGUUGUGUGAUGUUUAUGGAAUAGUUUUAAGUUUUUGUUCUUUACUUUUUGUGAUAAAGUUGUGAGAAAGUGACUUAAGUUCUCCUCAGGUCUAAAGGUUUAACCCAAAUGAUGUGUUAACCAUCUUGGACCACAACACUGUUGGUAAUGUAUCAAAUAAAAACACCUUAGAUAUUUUA